AUGUCCAGCACCUAUUUCAACGAGAUCUGGCAUCAGGCGCAGCACGAAUGCGAGCAACUGGCCAUUCUCGACUAUGAGCGACAGCACCAAAAUGUGGACACCACGGUGGCCACCAUAAGUGGUGUUGCUGGUGUCAUUACCAGCUCCGUGGCCGCUGCGGCCGAAUCUAAAGCCCUGCUGCAGGCCAGCCUCUAUGAGUUCUAUCUGCGCUACAUAUGCCUGAGCAAUCGCCUGGAGGAAGUCUAUGAUAAUAUGAUUCAACCCCAGAAACGUGAAUUGGUGCGUAAGCUGUUGGACGCCUGCCUGGGCCGUGUCGUUGAACUGAAACAUGAUCUGGUUAACAUUGAUCUCAUGGAGUUUAGCUACAAUGAUGAGGUGGUAGAGCGUCUGCGUCUUACACCCAUGGAAACGGAACUGCGCAUUCCACGCUACUUUCUGCGCGAGCGUGAGCAAGAGCUAGAGUUCCGUAAGCGCACCAUGCAUGAGCUUCUAAUCAAGUUGGGCUGGCUGGAGGAGCAUGCCCUGGAAGAGCCGCUCACUGAAAUCGAGGCCAUACGUCUGCUGCAGAUGCACGAGCGUGCGCGUCAGGGUCGUCUCCGCGCGCACUUUAUGAAGGAGAUACGCAAGGAGAAGGGCAAAAUGGAGGAUCGGAGCGAUAAGGAGCGUAGCGACUCCGGCCUACUGGCAGCCAUGAAAAUACAGAAAAUGUGGCGGGGCCAUACGGCACGUCGCAUCACCCGACGCCGUAAGAUGGAUGAGAUGAUACUGAUUGGCAUGGUUCCGCCACCGGCGUUGGUGCUCAAGGAACGUGCCGAGAAGGUGGAGAGGCACAACGAGACAGACGUGCGACGCCGGCAUGUUGCACAACAAACCUAUGCAGCGCAGUUCGAGGCGCGCCAGGUGGCCAUACAGGAGGAGAUUAGGCUGAAGCAUGGCCCCACCAUGAAGGAGGAUAUUGCCGAUGAAAUACGCGCCUGGAUAAAGGAUUGUUAUGACAAGACGGGCAAGCUGCCCGAUUUCCCGUCAGAGGAUCAGGGCGGUUCGCUGCACAUAUUCAGUCGUCCCGGCACAGAGAGCGAGCACAGUCGCUCCUCGGCGCGUUCCUCCAAGGAGUCGCGCAAAACCAAGGAUAAAUCUAAAUCGCCGGCGCGCAGCGGCGAUUUGAAUGUUAACGAAAAUCAGGAUGAGGAUAUGAACUUUCAACCGGCUCCAUCGGCUUGCCUGCCCGAUAUACGUGCGGAAAUUGAAUACUUCAAUGACACCUGGCGUGACAAGGAUGAGUCUGGCGUGAUUAGCCAGGCGCCCUACGAGGACAUGAUCUAUGCCGAAAAGUAUCAGGAAGUGGAGCUGGAAUUCCGACGCGCCGUCGACGAUGUUAUGCGCCAAGAGCUCGAGCUACUCCAGACCAUGGUAGGCAAAAAAGUCAAGAAAAGCAACAAGAAGACUCGCCGUUCAGGCAAGAAGAACAAAAAGAAGAAGGAAAAGGAUCUGACGCCCGACCGGACUACGGAAUCGCUGUACGAAGAGCUGGUCACCAAUGGUAUUAUACGCAAGCAUCCCGAGCUCAAAUUGAAGCAAUUUCUGGGCGACAAGGCGCUAACCGCACGCAACGGUACAAAUCCUUCUCCGGGUGACAUUCGCCAGGUGCUUACCGAAUACUGCAUUCUGCCGCUCGGCUCGGAGGCCAUACACAAUUGUACGCCACUUAUACGCUCUGUACUGCUGGCCGGUCCGCGAGGAUCUGGCAAAAAGGCGCUGCUUCAUGCCAUCUGCACGGAGGUUGGCGCCGUUUUGUUUGAUCUAACGCCAGCUAACAUUGUUGGAAAAUAUCCGGGCAAAUCUGGAUUGAUCAUGCUUAUACAUCUGGUGCUUAAAGUGUCCAGGCUUCUGCAGCCUGCGGUCAUAUACAUGGGCGAUGCAGAACGUCCGUUUAUGAAGAAAAUACCCAAAACGGAUCGAACCGAUCCCAAGCGCUUGAAAAAGGAUUUGCCCAAGAUGAUUAAGAAUAUUGCUCCGGAGGAUAGGGUUGUCUUUAUAGGUACCUCUAAUUUGCCGUGGGAGGCGGAUCAGAAGCUACUGCAGUCUGUGUACAAUCGGUUUAUAUACAUUCCACGCCCAGAUUAUGGCGCCAUGUCGCACGCCUGGAAAACGCUGCUCCACGAGUACUCUGGCGGAAUCUCCAAUUUGGACACCAGUGCCAUGGCCAAAAUAUCCGAUGGGUAUACCAUAGGUGCUGUUGAUGCUUGCCUACGCGAGGUGAUGACCUGCAAGCGGAAGCUGCAGCUGCGUUCACAACCGUUGACCAAUGCAGAGAUCAUCAAUGUGCUCUGCACUCGUGAUCCCGUUUAUCGGGAGGAAGAAGAAGCUUUCGAAUCAUGGUGGUCUAAAACUCCGCUGGGUCGACGGAGACAACGCUUUCUGGAACUGGAAGAGGAGCGCCUGCUCGAGGAGCAGGCACAGCAGGCCAAACAGGGCAACGGCAACAAAAAGAAAGGCUUAAAUUAA